GGUAGGAGGUGGUCAGCUUUUCCUGUAUGUCUCAUUCUUCCAUCUAGAAGAUGGGAUUUGGUGCCAUUUCUCAGCUGUGCACGUGCCUGCAGGAUUCCAUAUGUCUGAGUGGGAUCAGACCCUAGGGCCCAUGAUUAGUGCCAGCUGCUGAAAUGGAGACAGGAAGCUGUGCAAAGCGCUCACAAGCACCACAUUGUCACCCACUCCAUUUGUUCACAUUCUGGCUGCACACCAGGGUUGUGUGCAAAGACAGCUGCUGGUAUGAGGUUUGCUGUUGAGCUGUGAAAGAUAAAGGAACCAGGGGAGGCGGUGAAUGUGGCCAGGUGAUGCUGUCUGGGGUGACAGGGAUUGUUCCCGGCCCCACAGCAACUGUGUCCUUCUCAGGCAGGUCUGUUGUAGGUUGGGGAUGAGUGCCCGCUAGUGCCAGGGCUGGGGUUGGAUUUAGGGCUGGGGUUGGGCUCCUGCUGCCCACUCCUCUCCCCUUUGUGCCUCAUGGGUGCUCACACUGCAGCUGUCCCUGACGGGUAACUGCCAAACCACCAUCUGACUGUUGUAUCUGACUCAAGGGUUUUCCAGCAGGACGGUUAGAUAGGAAAUAAGGAAAAUAGUGAUAUGCUCCUCAAACAGCUGCCGCAAAGAUGACAGCUGUGUGCAUUAGUGAGACGGGAGGCCGGUCUGCUCCCCACUAGAACAAAUGAUGGGUGAUGUGUGCUGUGGUGGCAAGGAGAUGGAAAUCCCAUGUUGGUGAUGGGAGCAGCCAACCCCCAGCACAGCCACUGGAGUUGGUGGCUGAGGGCUGCCCACAGUGCAGGCGGGGCUGUGCCAUUGCUGCUGUCCCUCUGCUUACUCUGUGUUGCUCUCAUCUGUGGGAGCGCUCAUUUGCCCUUUUUAUUUUUUAAUUCUUUCUGCUCAUGAAUGGAGGGGCUUUUUGUGAAUGUCCUUUACGGGAUGUGAAGCCACAGAUGUUUGCUCAUUAACUAAGCCCUGCGAAGCUGCUGCCGGAAGCAGCGCCAAUCGCUGGCAGAGAUCUGCACGUUGACGCUUUUCCUUCCUCCACUGCCGCGGCCGCCUGGCCCCACGCUGCCUCCUCCCGCCGCUCCGAGACGUGCUGUGGGGCCCUGCUUGUUUGGGACGUGCUGAGGUGUACAGCGGGGCUACGGAGGAGUCCUCAACUUCAUCUCUGUGCUCUGGUCACAGCCCGUCAAAAGGGUGGAGGGGAGCGGUGUCAGAAGGUGGAACGGUUAGUGUUUUAUGAGGUUCGUGGACGUUUCAUCCUCUGAUUGUAGAGAAGGAAAUACAGGGAACUGAGAAAACUUGCCUUGGCACAAGAGCAGGAGAGCUGCGAUCCCAGCCCCACACUGGGUUGAGGGUUCUGAGCUCCGCCAUCCUCACAAUCCUGUUGGGCUGCAUUGGCUGCUCCUCACCUGCCUCACUGUGCCCCCAUCCUGGCCAUGCAGGAGCUGUGCGUGGCUCCUGGCAGCAUGGCGAUGGGCACGGGGAUGUGGGUGUUGUGCUGGGCUCUGAGUCCCUUCAGAGGACAUCCACCAUUCAGAAACCAGUGACUCGUAAAAACAGAUGUGGAUGAUUUUUAGAGCUAUGUGAUUUACUGCAGGUAAAUCAGCCUGCAGCUCUGAGGUAGGUGCUCUCUGAUGGACAGGGCUCCUUAGAAGCAUGUAGGGCAGUGACAGUAUGCUGCAAUAUGCUGUGUGCAGCUGCUACAGGCAGAGCACUGCUGGGGUCACUGGGUAGAGAUGUGAGCCUGCCCAAAGCCCUCAGAUGGCCACAGGGUGCUGUUAAUGACCAGAACUGCAGGAGCGGAUCAGUUUCAGCACUGCUGAGAAUUAUUUCCCAUUGCUUACAGCAGGUGUGGGGGUCUGGGAGUGGUCCCCAUGGCUCCCAUUGUGCGUAAAGGAGUGGGACCAUGCCUUGGUGCUGGUGGGAUGUGUGAGGAGUGUGGAGUGGGGCUUGCCGGGCUGAACUGGCUUCCCCAAUGAUAGGACCAGCUGGAUGAGCCAGGUCUGCAAUUCCCACUGCAGACACAAGGUUAUUCUUCCAUUGGGAUUCAACAUCUUGACUGUCAGGCCAGCAUAUGAGCCUGUAACAUUGCUUGAGGCCAGCUUUUGCAUCCUGUUUUAUGAUAUUCCCUGACAUUCCCUACAUUCCUGGCAAGAUGUCUGUAUUUUUUUUAAAAAAAUAUAUUCCUUUGUCUGUUUGCAGAACUGUGACAUCCUUUAAAACCUCCUCAGCAGUUCUGUUGGUCGCUCUCUGUGAACUUCUCAAGGAAAUGGAAGCCUUGAGCUCAGGCUUCUGCCUCUGCCAUCUCAUUAUAAUGGGAAGGAGGAUGGGGUCAGUGGGUACCUGUGGGGCUCUGCGCAGCUCCAUGAAUCUCAGCUCUGUGCUGCUCGGUCCCACCUUUGCUCUGGGAUUUAAUUCUGACCUCCAUGUGUUUGUGGUGACUCUGUGCUUGCAUUGCCAAUCUCAGAAGUGUGGUCUGGGGGUUCUGGUUUGGGAGAUUUUUGCAGAGUGCAAAGUCACCACUGCAGUCCAUGGGUUGGAGCCCUGCCCAGCACUGGCCUCUGCCCUACUACUGGGUACCAGGAGGAAAGCCAUAGCUUUGCAGUGCUAUAUGCAGUGGGUAUGAGAGCUGUUGUGCUUCCCUCCAGGUACUGGGAGCAAGAUGGGGAAUAAAUGGGCUGAUAUGAAAGGAAGGAGGUGGAGGGUUUGUCCUGAAUCAAAACUGCUUGUUACCAGCUGAGCUGGGGUGUACAUGAUGAAAUAUCAGUGAUGAUUUGACUGUACCUCAAAUGGGCCAGGAGAAGACCAGACUGAGGAGGAGCAUGAACCCACAGACACACCCCCAGGGCCCAGACUCCCCCUCCCUGGGACCCGUGCUCCUGCUCCCAUCUCCCACCUCCACUUGCUGUCUGGCUGCAGAUCCAGGAGGCAGCUCCUGCCCUUCUGCUGUGCCUGGAAAUAGCUGUCUGGUUUCCUCCCAUGGCGCCGUGGGAGCAGCAGUGACAGGAAGGUCUGGCAGGGAAGGGCACAGAGGAGGCUUUUCCUGAGGAGAAUUGGAGCAAAGUCCCUGUGCUGAGUGCAGAGCUCACUGAGCUCAUCGCCCACCUUUGCCUAUGGCAUGCUCCAGCUGGGUGAGUCCGUAUGGCCCCUGGCACUGUAAAUAGGGCUGUUGCUUAUCACCAGUUAGCUGUGUGCUGCUGGCUUGCUUUUAGCAGCACCAUUUAGAUGAGACUUCUCAGUUCAGGGAUUUCAGUGACCUCCUGCAUUGACACAGCUUUACAGGAGCCUUGAGGAGUGCUGGUGCAGCAUGCUGUGAGCCAGCCCUGGGCAGCCCUGGCCCCUUCCUUCAGAGCACAGAGGGGCAGUGGCACUUCUGCUUCUGGAUCCCAGUGCUUCCUCACAUCGUUUGGACGCGAGAUCACAUUUGAAAUGGUUUCGGGCUCCUCCUGUGUUGGUGGAAAUUUUGCACGUGGUCGCUGGUGGCUUGGAUGGCCAUGGAGAUGCCUCUAUGUCCAUGGAGCCACUUGCAAAUGGCAGCCUCAUUUCCCUGCUGUGAUUUGUGGGCAUCUGUGCCAGGCUGUGAUAUGCAUGAGUUCCUGCAUCCUGCUCCCAGGGAUGUGUUCCAUGUGGAUCUUAACUGUCCCCUACUGUACUUUGGUCCUGCUCAAAUGAGGGAGUCUUGCAUCUCAUUCCCUAUUUGUGCCAAAUGUACUGAAUGAGGAGAAUGCAGUGACAGAGCAUGUGCUUUUCAUUACAGACCCUAAUCCCAUGUCAACCAAAGCUGCUCACUCCGAGCAUGCUGAGCCCUGGGCUGCAGCCUGUGGGGCUGUGUGAGCACUGCCUGUGAGGAUGGAGGAAGGCAUGGGGCAAAGCCAAGUGCUGUGGACUUAGUGAGCACAACCAGGGAACUGGAGCAUAUUUGGUAAUUAGGUCUAUAUAUCUUGGACAGCUGCCACUCCUCUUGUCCCUGAACCACCCUUUUCCCAAUACUUUUGGUCCUCUUUGAUGUCUCAAUGGCAUCAGCCCUUUCUUUCGGUUCUGCCAGCUCUCCCAUGGGUUGUGGUUCCCUCAGCAGGAGCUGAACCCUACUGCACUCAUUCCAGGCUGUCUGCACAGGUGUGGCUGAGGAGAGCUGCUGCAUCUCCAGUGGUGAUAUGGCUGAGCAGUGCCCAUCGGGAACCUGGUGGCACUGCCAGCACCACUCCUCCUGCUGGCUGACUGCAGGGAGAAGCUCACCCUGCUUGAUCCAAAGCUCUUUCAUUGUCCAGUGCUGUGGCACGCUGCAGCCGCUGUCUGCUUGUGCCAGGAGUGGUGAUGGUGGUACUGCUGCCAGCAUCUCACAGCCACUCCAUGCAGGGACAGAACCGCCCCUGAGCUGCUGCCGGUGAGUCGCAGCGUGGGAGGGCUGUGCAGCGCUGUGGAGAGCUCGAAACAGUUAAGCAGCAUCCGUCUCUGUGUGUGUGCACUGCUGCUUUUCCUCUCCUUAGCUCUCCCCCUCCUGUUCCCACCAAACCUCCUUGAAGCUGAGCGCUUUGCCCAGCUGUAGGUGCCCUGUUUGUUCCCAAAGAGAACUUGGAUGGCUGUCUGUGCUGGCCGUGCCAGGGGCUGGUUUCAGCAGUGUGGUGCUUAGGCCUGCAUGGAACAAGCUGGACCUCCAGCUGCCUGCCUGCCUGCCCCCUCAGUGCCUCCUGAGGGUGCCCGGGGUGGCUGCUGGCCAUGCUGCUGCUCCUCACUGUGCCUCAGCCUCUGUUCCCGAUGGACAAAGCCAGGACUGACAGCUGCUGCCGUGAAAUUGAAGCCAAGAAGGCUUGCGACUGGCUGCGAGCGGCAGGAUUCCCGCAGUAUGCCCAGCUUUAUGAAGACUCGUUGUUCCCUCUUGACAUUGGUGCUGUGAAGAAAGACCACAGUUUCCUGGACAAGGAUUCUCUCAAAUCUCUCUGCAGGAGGCUGAUGACCCUGAACACAUGUGCCUCCAUGAAGCUGGAAGUCCACUUUCAGCGUAAACAGAAUGAAGACUCUGAGGACGAGGACUUGUGUGCCAUCAGUGACCGGUGGACAUUUCAGCGGGACAGCAAGAGGUGGUCCCGGGUGGGCUCCGCUGAUGUCCUCUCCCGGGCCUCCGAGGUCCCCACCUCCAGCAUGCAGCAGGCGUCCAGCCAUGAGAGUGUCCUCACUGACCUCAGCACCAACGCAGAGGCUGUGUCCCUUCACAGCAGUGCCAGCAUGGGCAGCACGCUCGGUGUCUCAGCCACGCCACCUGACCAGUCCCCCGGUCGCAGUGCUGCUGUCACCCAGCCUGCCUGCAGCCCCAGCAGCUGCUCCUUAGCUGAGCAGCCCUUGAAUCACAGCGAAGGUUCCAAGGAGAAGCCAAAGAAGCGGAGGUCACGCAGCUUCCUGAAGAGGAUUGAGUCGCUCCGAAGGAAGGACAAAGAAAAAGCCAGCCCAGAUGAGAAGGAUGUCCCACACUGUGGUGUCAUGGCCAAUCCGAGCUGGGACUGUGCAAAAGGUAAUGGGGACCUCACAGCCACCAAGUCCAGCUCCUCUAAAAGAGGAGUAUCUGCCUCUUUCCAUGGCAAAAAACACUUCUUCUCAGUGUCAUACAGGACUAACCGCUUGGUGGGCUCAGGCAAGGUGAGCUCUGACCCAAAACGCAGUGGGCUCUACCUGGAGGCCUAUCAGACAGCCACGGAGCCCAGUGAUGACUGGGCUGCAGGGCAGUUCCAGCACCAGCAGGCGUGCCGUGGGGACUGCCUGGUCUAUGUUCCCAGGGACCACAAGCCGGGCACCUUCCCCAAAUCCCUCUCCAUUGAGAGCUUGUGCCCUCUGGGCAGCGGCUCCUUGAGCAGCUGGAAGCCGGGAGCCAAGCCUGGGGGGCUCUUGGGGGGCUGUGACAGCAGCAGCAGUGUGGAGGGCUCAUCCUCCCCGCAGGGCUUCGCCUGCCGCCGCCGCGGCUCCUGCAGCUCCCUGGGCAGCCGGGUGAGUGUGUACGACAACGUGCCCGAGUUUGGCAGCAGCGAGGAUCUCUGCAAGGGAGGUGAGGAGGUGACCUACGAGAACCUGGACGAUAUCCUGCAGCACAUGUGGGGACUGCAGCAAAAAGUGGAGCUCUGGUAUAAAGCCAUCUCCCCCGAGUUGGUGGGGGAGGAAGGAGGCGAGGAGGAGGAGGAGGAAGAAGAGGAGACAGACUCUGGAGGGGAGCCCACUUUUCCCUCCAACCUGCACCUUGAGGAGCGCUCCAUGUCAGACGUUGGCACCUCUGCCAGUGACUUUGACAGCACGGGCAACUCCCUGAACGAGGCCGAAGAGCUGGAGAUGCGGGAGCGCCGCGACUCGGGCGUGGGAGCGUCGCUCACCCGGCCGUGCAGAAAGCUGCGCUGGCACAGCUUCCAGAACUCCCACCGGCCCAGCCUGAACUCUGCCUCUCUGGAGAUCAACCGUCAGUCCUCUGCUCAGCUCAACCUGCUUCAGAAGUGCUCCCUGCUGCGGCUCACGGCCAUCAUGGAGAAGUACUCUGUGCCCCACAAGCAAGUCUGGACAUGGACUGUGCCCAAGUUCAUGAAGCGGAUGAAAGUCCCUGACUACAAGGACAAGGCGGUCUUUGGGGUGCCACCCAUCAUCAACGUGAAGAGGACGGGGCAGCCACUGCCACAGAGCAUCCAGCAGGCGAUGCGUUACAUCCGCAGCCAGUGCUUGGACCAGGUUGGCAUUUUCCGUAAGUCAGGGGUGAAGUCUCGGAUCCAGGCACUCAGGCACAUGAAUGAGACCAGCCCUGACAAUGUUAACUACAAGGGGCAGUCAGCUUAUGACGUGGCAGACCUGCUGAAGCAGUAUUUCCGUGACCUUCCGGAGCCCAUCUUCACCAGCAAGCUCACCGACACCUUCCUGCAGAUCUAUCAGUUUGUGCCAAAGGAGCAGCAGCUGCAGGCGGUGCAGGCUGCCAUCAUCCUGAUGCCAGAUGAGAACCGCGAGGUGUUGCAGACGCUGCUCUACUUCCUGAGUGACAUUGCCUCUGCUGAGGAGAACCAGAUGACUGCUGGAAACCUGGCCGUGUGCCUGGCACCCUCGCUCUUCCAUCUCAACGUGUCCAAGAAGGAAAGCACCUCACCAAGGGUGAUGCACAGGAGGGGCACUAUGGGGAAGCCUGACCAGAAAGACCUGAAUGAGAACAUGGCUGCAACACAGGGGCUCUCCCACAUGAUCACCGACUGCAAGAAGCUCUUCCAGGUCUCCCAUGACAUCUUGCUCCAACUGAGCAGCUCUUACAUGGCAGCAGAUGCUUACCCCCAGCCCCUGUCUGAAUUUGUGUGUCAAGGGGAAGGCAAGGAUUUACACUCCUACUUUGAGCAGAGUGUCCGGAACCUGCUUAAGGAGUCAUCAGAGAAAUUCAAGGGAUGGCUGAGCAGCCCAGGGCCCCUCAACACAGAACUCUCCUGCAAAAAGCAGGUUGGGGACGGGCACCCCCUGCGCUUGUGGAAGGUCUCCACAGAGGUUGAGGCUCCUCCCUCCACUGUGCUGCAGCGGGUGCUGCGGGAGCGUCACCUCUGGGACGAGGACCUGCUUCAGAGCAAAGUGUUGGAGGCUCUGGACAAGGACAUGGAGGUGUAUCACUAUGUGACAGACAGCAUGGCACCCCACCCGCACAGGGACUGUGUGGUGCUCAGGUGCUGGCGCACAGACCUGCCGCGAGGAGCCUGCCUGCUCAUCUCCAUCUCAGUGGAACAUGACAAGCUGCAGGUGGAGGGAGGCGUUAAAGCAGUGGUGCUGACCUCGCAGUAUCUCAUCGAGCCCAGUGGCAUGGGACGCUCCAAAGUGACACACAUCUGCAGGACUGACCUCAGGGGCCGAUCACCGGAGUGGUACAACAAAGUGUUUGGUCACCUCUGUGCCAUGGAGCUGGUGAAGAUCCGAGAUUCUUUCCCAGCACUGAGUCCCAAUGGCCCUGAGACCAAGAUUUGAGGAACUGGGAAGAUGCUGCAUCCUGUCAGACCAUGAACUUGCAGCCAAUGGGGCUGGGACACUCAGAGGGGAGUGAGAAGCCAACCAGCCACUAGGAUGGGCACAUAUUUAUAUGCUUCCUUUUAACCUGGGCCUGCCCCUCCCCCUACCCCCAACAGAGAGCCAUGGGCUGCCCCAGCUGUGCAAAGCCCUUCUCUGUUCCCACUGCAGGACCAUUUGCCACCAGCCCUUAGAGGAACAGGGGCAGCUGGAUCCCCCAUGCCUACUGCUGCUCAUCUGUCCUGUUCCAUGUGUGCUACAGGGCUGACUGCCUGCAGUGGUGGAGCUGUGACCCCAGGGGCUCUGCAGGAGAGAUGGACAAACAGCAUCUUGCUUGCCUGUGGAAAGGAAAGAGGGGGCUUUGGGGUGAUGCCCAAUGGUCCAGGGUGAGCUGGACCAGGAGCUGCUCCAUGAGAGUGUAUGGAGUGAAGAAGGAGGCAGCAGAGGUGUGAGAGCUGAAGGGGAAGGGUGGAGCCAAGGCCAGAGGUCACAGUGCUGUGUGAGGAGGUGAGGACUGGGUGGCGAGGGGAGAAGUGUGCAUGUGCAGUGUCACCCAGUGUGGGGACAGGCAGGAAGCUGGGCUGGGAACAUGUUUGUUGAAAGAUGCUCUUACUGGAGGAGGGGACUACAUGUAGGUAUCUAUAGGUAUUUAUUACUGACAGCCAUUGUCAAGUGGUGGAAGGAAUCUACUGCUAUUACCUUUGGUGCUAAAUUUCAUAGGAGACAAAGGAAAAAGCUGUCUGAUCCAAUGCCUUGGUUUUAUUCAACUGAAAGGCUCCCCUCUACACUGUGUUUCAGUGGGGGCUGGAUGGACAUGCUGCCAAGCCAGGUGCCAUCCUUCCAUGCCAGUGUCAAGCAGUUGGAGGGGGGUGGACAAGGCUAGAAACCCAGAACAGCCACAGAGAAGCUAAUGAAGGGGCAGCAAUACAAGGGGGCUGGGGCAGUGGUGCAAGGAGAUGGGAAGCAGGGAAGAGGGAUGUGCCCAGCACUGCAGCUCAUAGUUCCUUGUGACAGCUGGAGGGUCUCAGUGCACCCCAACUAAAGAGGGAUGAGGGGCACAGCAUUCCCACCAGUGGGGUGCUGAACAUACAGCAUCUGCUUCCACUAAAGCAAGCAAAUAGUGAUAACCCAACUGCAAAGGCCAGGCUGAGUACACCUCCUGAGCAUGGUGGAGGUGGAUUUGCAUCUCUCUGGGCAACUGCAGGCAGCAGAGCUUGUGCCCCACAGGUGUGCGGAGCGGCCACAGCACACCCUGCAACCAGCUUGGCUCCCCCUGCCAGCCCUUCCCCUUUCCUGCAGUGCCCAGAACUGACCUGGUUUCUCCUUUAAGCAGGGACCCAAGUUACUUGACAUCGUUCCAACUGGAAGGCAACACGACCCAUGGGCAGGAGCAAUGCCCAGUGCUGGUUUUGCCAUAACAAAUCAUGGCUGUCUCUCUUUUGGUUAAAAACAAACAAAGAAACAAACAAACCCAGCCUGUAUUCUGUUUUUAUAUAUGUAUUUUAUAUAUAUAUAUAUAUAUAUAUAAAAGUAACUUCUUGAAGGAGUGAUUUUUUCCUCCUAUUAUUUUUUUAAACAUUUCUUUUUUUUUUUUUCUAUAUAAAUACUUGUACAGUUGGAAUAUUAAUAUAUAACUGCAGCGGUAGAGCUCAGCACCAGGUGAUGCUCACUUAAAAGAUGUGUAUUUUGUAUUUAAGGGGCUGUUUCUCGUUUUGUAAAAUAUGCAACGCAACAGAUUGUUUGACUUGGAUUUCUUCCUAUCCGUGUUAAUUAAUAAAGUACUAACGAUAGCUGCUGGCUGAUGCAGGAAA